GAUCAUAAAUACUUGUUGUAUGUCCUCUUCUCCAUUUGCGCUUCUUCUACUUCUACUUCUACAUCUAAAUUAAACAUACAUUUGCGCAACUCCAUCUCUUACCAUGGCUACUUUUAGAAUAUUCACUCUUGCUAACCCCAAUUUGAGUAUGAGUAUUAGGAAUGACAAGGUCAUUCUUGCCACCACUAAUCCAAAUGAUCCCAAUCAGGAAUGGUACAAAUACGAGAAAUAUGUGCAAGGUGAGAUGGACAAAAUGUACUACAAAGCCUUUGCCCUAGUUAGUAAGGGUACUAGUCAGGCCAUAAAACAUACUACAGGACAUGUCCAGCAUGUGGAGCUAGUUCAUUUCAAUCCAAAUUAUGUGGAUAACUCUCUGUUGUGGAUCAAAGGAGCUGACUUUGUUGAGGGUAACAGUCCGAUCUGGUCCAUCUGGAUGCUGAAUAAUCUUGACCUCGUUUUGGCUGCUGAAGCAACGAAUACUAAAGUAUUUGAUUGGACUUUAAUCAAGAUGUUGAAAUGGAAUGAUGAAGUUAAUCAGCUAUGGAGUACUGUUUGCUAGUAUAAGUUCUUAACGUUGUAGUUUGAGAUUUUAUUGAUAUGUAGGGGGAUGGGGUGUAAAAGUUGCUUUGAUAUGCAGACGGACGAGACAUACAAAUAGAGGUGCGGGGUGGGGACGGGACGAUAAUGAUCGGCACUCAAUCCAUCUCGUUGCCAUCCCUAGCUCAACCUAUAAGCAUUCUCAGAAUUUCUGUGUCAAAUAUGUGUUCUUUUACAGUAACAAUACUAUUGUGGUUUGGUACAAUAAAAAAAAAUCUUCAGAUGCACACUAGUUGCUUUCAAUCCAAAUGUUAUUCACUAGUCACCAUUGUUGGACAAACGCAUUGACUAGGUGGAUGGUU